CAGUCCAUCCCAUCCAAUCCCAUCCCAAUCCUCUCACCGCACGAAACAAGUACCCGUCAAGUAUAUACCCUGCCUGUCCUCUCUUCACUGUCCUCCAUUCCCGUUCCUAUUCGUGUUUGUUGCAAGGCCGAACGGAGUUUAGUAAUUGGGGGGCCCAUUUCCGGGCGGCCAAUGGAAUGACUCGUGCGGGAGAUUGCGAUGAGCAUGGAUGGGUAUGUACAUGUACAGUAGGUAAUUAGGGAAGAGGGAAUGAUGUUAAUAAUAACAAUAAUAAUGCGGCAUAUUUCUUUUUGGCUCCAAGAAACAAAACGGCCCUUGUAAGCUUGUCAGGGGGGGGCCCGUUCGUGUUUCAGGGUGUGCCGCGUGCAAUUUUUGUUUGGCUGUUUGUUUCGUGGGGAGAAUGUCAGGUCGUGGAAGAGGCGUUUUUCCCCCAGGAAUCCGCGCAUGUGCUGGCAGAGACUACGUCACUGCGAAAAAGAGCUUGAGAAUAGAUGUCGCAAAGGUGAUGAAAGUGCACACAAGUAUCGGCUUGACACGGGAUAACUCAAUGUAUUUGGCCGUUCGAUCGAGUACAAUCUCCCCCAUCCUACCGUUUGUUUUACCACCAAGAUUCCAUUCAAAUAAUUACAAUGCAAAAGUGCACGAAUCGCGUACGUAUACGACGACGGCAGAAAAAAUGCAAGUGAUGCACAAGCAGCAAUUAAGACCCUCCAGCAGAUCGUUUGCAGUCCGACGUCUUUCCCAAUGCCACCUUGGAGGAGCAGACGGGACACCGGUCGGGACAGCGCCGGUGGGCGAUGGGGGAACAGUGACGGUGACGGUGAUGGUGGAUGGCACGCAGGUCUCUGGGAGGACGGGCGAGGGGACAACCGGGGUUGGCAGGGGAGCCGGGACGUUGGUGGGCUUCUCGCAGCCGCCAGCGCAGUGAGUCAUGGUCUUGAACUCAGUCGAGGUGAGCACGACGGUGGAGGGAGCGGCGGACUCGUGCUCGUCAGAGCCGUAGCCGUCUUGGCCGUAGUGGGCGGCGACGAGGCCAGCGAGGAGGGAGAAA